ACACCUAACAACACACACACUUCUCAUUCCUCAUUCAUUUGCUAUCUAUGGACUGCACGCAGAAUCCACCAGCUGAAUGACGAAUGUUGAUCCUCUCGUGCUCGACAGGACAGGUCUGGCGACCUGUAAUCAGUUCGUUUGGUUCUGUUAGCUCCAAUACUGCGAUUCUCCGCUUGUUUAGUUCUUGAUUCUGAGGUCCCAAGUCUUUUAGACACGAGUUCGUUUAGCUAAGCUACAUCCAUCGGAUUCUGCUUCCUUACCUUCUAAGUCUGUCUACGGACCAUGGCAUCAGCAGCGGCGGCUGCGCGCCUGCGGGACCUGCAAUCGCAGCCGGGGAACAAGGUCUGCGUGGAUUGCAGUCAGAAGAACCCGCAAUGGGCUUCUGUCAGCUACGGCAUCUUCAUGUGCCUCGAGUGUUCCGGCCGCCAUCGUGGGCUCGGCGUGCACAUCAGCUUCGUGCGAUCCGUCACCAUGGACUCCUGGUCCGAGAUCCAGCUCAAGAAAAUGGAAUCCGGCGGCAAUCUCGCGCUCAACGCGUUCCUCUCCCAGUACGGCGUGCCUAAGGAGACGGACAUCGCAGUUAAGUACAACACCCCGGCGGCGGAAGCCUACCGGUCUAAGAUCCAGGCGAUGGCGGAAGGCCGAUCCUGGACCGCGCCGAGCAUAGAGAGAGUUUCUCUGAACAAGCCGGGCACGGGGGGGGGGAGUCGUCCGACUGCGAGAGCGAGCCCAGGCGGAUUCGGCUCCAGCGACGGGUGGGAUGACUGGGGCGAUAGCAGCUCAAGCAGCCAAGCCGGCAUGCGCAGGCACCAGUCCGAGAACAGUAUUUCCUCAGGUCGCGACGGGGCUAGUGGCCGUCGGAGCAAUCUGGCAGCCGCAGCCGGCGGCGGCGGCGGCGGUCACGGCGGCGGUCACGGUGGCAUGGGUCACCAUUCCGGCUCGACUAAUGAGAUCUAUUCGCGGGAGCAGCUGGAGGCGUCGGCGGCGGGCAAGGAUUCGUUCUUCGCACGGAAGCAGGCGGAGAACGCCAUGAGGCCGGACGGCGUUCCGCCCAGCCAGGGCGGCAAGUAUGUGGGCUUCGGCAGUGCGCCUGUUAACCGGCCCGCGAAUCGAGGCGGCGAGGAUGUGAUUGAAGAUACCGUUAAGAUCGUUUCCGAGAGCUUCCGUUCGCUCUCCAUGGCGGCUGUGGGGGUGGCAAGCUCAGCAGCAGCGGUAGUCCAGGAGGGAGCCAAGGACAUCCACUCACAGGUUGCGGAAGGCGGCUUGGACAAGAAGGCCAUUGAGACGGCUUCGGUGGUGGCAGGAAAGGCAACUGAGCUGGGCAAGUCCGCCUGGGGCUUCAUGCGUGGCUUCGCAGAGCGCGCUGUGCAAACCGUAGACGGCUACUCUGGUGGUGCCGUGGGGAACGCUCUCGAGGUAGCCGCUGCAGCCAGCGCCAAUGCCGGCACCAUGAUUGUCCAGGGGCUUACCGGUGCUGCUGUGAGCGAAGGGGGUGCUGGUGGGGCUGUGGGGGGUAACAGGGGAGGAGGAGGUGGCUUUGAUGACUGGGAUGACUGGGGGGAUGACAAUAAGGGGCAGUCUGGGCUGGGUGGCAGCGGCAGGUAUAAUGGGAGCGAGGAGGAUGGGGUUGGGCAGGGAAGGAGCAGUAGUAUGAAGGAUGACAAGCCGUUCACUGGUUGGGAUGACGAGUGGGAUGGUGGCAGCCCUAAAGUUAGCAGGGGGCAGGGAAGCAUGACCAGCAGCAGCAGCAAUGGUGGGAAGGCUGGGAGCCGCGCAUCUGCAGGAGCUGGUGCAGAGAAGAAGCAGGCAGGAGCAACAGCAGCAGCUACUGAGUCGGACUCAUGGGGUGGGUGGGAUGAUGUGCCAUCACCUGCGCCUGCCAGCACUGCCACAGCAGGUGCGGCUAAGAAGGGGGGAGCUGCCAAGAAGAAGGAUGACUGGGAUGAUUGGGGAGGAUUCUAAAGACCCACGCACGGUUCUUCUGCAAGCGAGAAGGGAGUGCGUGGCUUGGCGUUGUUUUUAGAUGAGAGUGGAGAGCCAAUCAGCAGGUGAAGGGAAACGAUGAGAUGCGAUCCAGAGAUCUUACAGGCGAUGACCCUGGACCAGGGCAACAGAAGGGCAGGGGUGGGGUUGUUGGGUCCUGGGAGGAAGCUGAGUGAGGAAGUAGCGUGGGAUUUGGAAAGUAGCAAUAGCACCUGCUCAAUUUGGGUAAGCGCUAAUGAUUCGUGGUGUUAACUGGAGUCCUCCUAGCUCGUUUGAAGUUUACAAUCAAUCCAGUCAUGGUUAUUUUGUCUUUGCCCCUACUUCGCCGAAUGUUUUUUCAUACGUUGUUGGUUAUAUUAUUCCACAUC